CUUUUCCUUUUCCCCCCGCUCUGGCCGCGGUCGGCAACUCCGUUCCUCGGAGAGGGUUGCGCGCGCGCGCGCACGUACACGACGUCUCCGUCGUCGUCGUCGUCUCGUCGCCGCUGUCAUCGUUGCAGUCCCCGCGUUAGUGCCAUAUGUACCUCGCGCGGUGUGCACCACGGCGGUCGAGAUGUGGGUGAAGCCGCAGGAGGUGUUGCUCGCCAACGCGUUCUGGAUUACUGAGCAGGCGACUGUGUAUUUCGUUUUGCAACGUCGCAAAGGACAUGGGAAGACAAAAGGUCUUACCUCCAUAUUGGUGGGCACAUUGGACAGUGUUUUUGACACUAAACCACCACCCUUUAGAAUUCUUCAUCAAACACCAUCGUCGGAAGUUUAUUGGGAAGUGGCAUGUUCCUUGACCCGUGAAGAGAUUUUGCAGGAUUGGGAAUGGCUCCACUCGAAUUUAAUGACUACCCUCACGUCGUUCGAUACCGAGGAGGAGAUAACGGAAUUUGUUUGCUGCAAAAUUCAAUCUAUAAUAGCAAACAGCAUCCCGGAUUCUCAGUUUGCGGAUGAAGAAGAUCCGGAGUCUUUUAAAACUGUGUCUUUUAAAUUCCACCAAUUGUUCAAUAUACCUAAAGAGGACAAAUUGGUCAAUUACUAUUCAUGCAGUUAUUGGAAAUCACGAUUACCUAGGCAAGGAUGGCUCUAUUUAUCUGUAAACCACAUGUGCUUUUACGCUUACAUAUUGGCGAGAGAAACGAAGCUGACUAUAAGAUGGACGGACAUUACGGAAUUAAACAAAACUAAUUCCCUUAUAGUUUCAGAUAGUAUACGCGUUGUAACACGUGACAAUAAAGAGCAUUAUUUUUCUAUGUUUUUACAUAAAUCAGAAACGUAUUCGUUAAUGGAACAACUGACCAAUAUUGCUAUGAAAAGACUCAUUGAUGAAAAAAGUGGGUUUAACGAGGAUAGAGAUUUACUGAAUAAAUUAAGCAAAAAUGUGCCUAAGAAGCCGUCUUUCUUAAAGAGGGAUCUGGAUGCACGAGCGCAUUCGGAAACUUAUAGGCUUCAAUUUAGGUUGCCUGGAACCGAGAAAUUAGAUGGUAGCAUUGACGCCACCUUAUGGACUCCAUACAACAAAAGAUACGUUUGGGGAAAGAUAUAUUUAUCCCAAAAUUACCUUUGUUUUGAAAGUAGGGUAAGAAGACAGGUCAAUUUAGUUAUACCUCUGAGGGAAGUAACGCUCGUUGAGUCUGCAGAAAAUCAAUCCAACACAGGAACGGAUAAGUCGAUAUUAGUCACGACGGCGCGUUCGUCGUUCCUAUUCGCGCAAAUACACGAUAGAGAUUUUGUGGUGCAGAAAAUCUCCGAGCUUCUGGCAAAGUCUAAACUCAAUUACGUAAUGAGAGAUAAUGUAUGUUUACCAAAUUCUUCGAGUAACAUUAGCAAUUGCGAGGAAGCGAAACCUAUGGAACAGUGGAAACCACAGCCGCCAUUGAUGAUACUUUUUAAAGCUCCAUUGACUCCCGAAGCCGCGUUGAAACAAGAGGCUAAAGAAAAGCAAUGGGAGCUACAUUUUGCAGAAUAUGGAAGGGGAAUUACAAUGUAUAGAACUACGGAAACUACGAAACUCGUUAUUCAAGGAAUACCGCAGGCCCUCAGAGGAGAAGUUUGGCUUACUUUUUCUGGUGCCUUAAACGAAAAGGCAAUGAACCCAGACUUAUAUAAAUCAUUGGUCGAACAAUCACUUGGUAAAUCAUGUCAAGCAAAUGAAGAAAUCGAAAGGGAUUUGCAUAGAUCGUUACCGGAACAUCCAGCUUUCCAAUCGGAUACUGGAAUAAGCGCGCUGCGAAGGGUACUAUCUGCCUAUGCAUGGCGAAAUCCUCAGAUCGGUUAUUGUCAGGCAAUGAAUAUAGUAGCUUCAGUUCUGUUAAUCUACUGCUCUGAGGAAUCAGCGUUCUGGCAGUUAUGUAAUGUUUGUGAAUCAUUAUUGCCUGAUUACUACGAUCGGAGAGUAGUCGGUGCUCUUGUUGACCAAGGUCUUUUAGAGGAACUGGCAGCUGAGCAUUUACCAAUUUUACAUGCCAAAUUACAAGAGCUUGGCUUAAUUAAAGUUAUCUCAUUAUCUUGGUUUUUAACAAUAUUUUUAAGCGUUAUGCCAACCAGUAGUGCUGUAAACAUCAUGGAUUGUUUCUUCUAUGAUGGAGCAAAAGUUAUUUUUCAGAUAGCAUUAACUGUGUUGGAAUGGAAUCAAGACAAGUUACUCAAUUGUCGCGAUGAUGGAGAAGCUAUGCAAUUGUUAACAGAUUACCUUGGCGGUGUAUAUAACGACGAAGGCCCAAUAUUUCCUAAACCAGCUGAUAGUGCAUCACCCAAUAAGAGUAUAUCUGUCCAAACGUUAAUCUAUGAAGCAUAUUCGAGAUAUGGAUCUUUGACAAUUGGUGGAAUAGAAAGAUUGCGCCUGAAGCACAGACUAAGAGUAGUUCAAAGUCUCGAAGAUGGAAUUGAGAAAAACGUAAUAAGAAGCGUUGUUGUUGAUAAAUAUAUGAAAAUGGAAGAACUGCAGGAAUUGUUAAGUUUAGUGAGAGAAGAGCUAAUGAGUCAAAGAAAAUCCGAACCCGACCGCUAUGAUCCGACUCAACCACCUUACGAAGCAUAUAAAGUAGAUUUUGACUUAUUUAGAAUAUUAUUUGGCGGACUAUCUCCAUGGGGAAAAUGCACUCAAGCCGAAUCUCUGUCUGCGCGGCUAUUCCGUUUGAUGGACCGUAAUCGCGACGGUUUGCUAAACUUCCGGGAACUAGUGCAAGCUAUAGGAAUGACAGCAACGGCUGAUUUAACACAGAGAUUAAAGUUAUUGUAUACGUUGCAUUUACCGCCACUUCUUACGCCUGCCGACUUUGAAUCGCCAACACAUUCAGCAGAUGGAGCCGAAAUGGCGGCAGAAGCUACGGAUUUCUUCGACAGCAUGGAGCAGAGCGUAGCUUCCUUGGAAAUGCCAAUUAGUGUGGCAGAAGAACCUAGCGUAAGCACUCUAUCGCGAUCCACGAGCUUAAACAGCCAGCCAGGUGAUCAAUCGUGGGAAGUUCAGAGUAUGGGCAGCUUGCGUUCGAUGAUAGCAUCAAAAGAUAGUCCACUAGAUCUCAAAACUGUGCCAAAAAUGUCUCAAAAACAUUUUAUAGCAUUGUGGAAAACUCUUUACGACAUGUUUCCCGCUCAACCCGAAGAGCAGGAGACGUAUCAUUGCAUCGCUUCUAUAGGUACACUUCUGCUUCAAUUGGGAGACGUUGGUAAGAAAUUCUACGUAGAGAGAGAAGAAUCUGAAGAUAGUUUACUUCUAGCUGCUUCUACGGCUCAACAAGCUUCCUCAGUUGUUGAAAGGUCACCUGACCGUAAUGGAAAUCCAUCAAGCAUAGCAUCAUCCGCUGAUCCUGACUGGUCGAUAACCGUUGAGCAAUUUUUGGCAUCUGCUUUGACCGGUCAGGCAAUAGUGGAUUUCUUCAGUACACGAACUGACCUUAUGGAGGCUAUGACAACAUUGAAAAAUCGUCGAUUCAAUCGAGUUCAUUCUUUAUCAGACACACCUAUCCUGAACGGAUGACAUACGGUGAUGAACGUAUAAGAGAAUGUGUAUAUCUAUUUUUAUGCAUGAUUGGCAUAGAUAAAUUGACGAAAGAAAAAACAGAGAAAUUGCUUAAGAGAAAUUUAUGUAUUAUUAGUAGUAAACGCAAAUUUUAAUUUGGAAAGAAGCGUAUUCGCAUGAAUAGCAAUACGUGCAAUAUAAAGCUUUAAACAAUAUACAUACAGAUUCAUUUAUUACAAUGCUAAAAAAUCGCGUUAAAAUUUUUAUAAUUAUUAUUUUCUAAAUUUCUGAUAUAAAUACUCUUUUGUGAAUGAAAUAAUACAUACUGCAUUUGAUUUUAGUAGUCUCUCUAACUUCUUUUACAAGAUGAAUUUAAUUGCAGUUGUAUUCUAAUCCACUAUAUUAAGAAAAUUAUAAAUAUUAUUUUUUAAAUAUGAUUUAUCUAUUAUGAUAUUGACAGUAAUAGUAAAUAGUAAUAUAAUUGUAUCAUUAGGUUCUGAAAAUUUUUCGAACAAGGCAUACGUUUAAUAUGUCGGCCUACUUUAGGAAUUAUCACAAAUAUACAAUAGCGCGUCAAUACACUGAGAAAAAA